UCUAUGGAGCGGCGAGUAUGUUGAAGCCCUCGGCCGUACGGAAGCUCUCAUUAAUGGCGCCGAAGCCUCAGCGCUACACUCACUUUGCGGAUACUGCAGCAGCGAAGAAACCUAGAACUAUGACGACCGGCGCGGCGGAGUCCGAAUCGAAUCCGAUGAAGGAUGCUUUUUCUAAAUACGCGGAUUAUCUGAAUGCGCUGAACGAGAAGAGAGAAAGGGUCGUGAAAGCAAGCCGGGAUAUAACAAUGAACAGCAAAAAGGUCAUAUUCCAGGUGCAUAGAAUUAGUAAAGACAACAAAGAUGAAGUUUUACAAAAAGCAGAAAAGGAUUUGGCUGCAGUGCUGGAUCUGCAUAUUUCUCGUUUAGUGAAGGAACUCGAUGGGACAGAUUUUUGGAAGCUCAGACGAGCCUAUUCGCCUGGGGUCCAAGAAUAUGUCGAAGCUGCUACUUUCUGCAACUUUUGCAAGACGGGAACUCUUUUGAAUCUCGAUGAUAUCAACGCUUCAUUUCGACCAUUAUGUGAUCCUUCAAUCAAACCUUUGCAGAUUAACGAACUUGACUAUUUGUUAGGGGUUGCAGAUUUGACCGGUGAGCUAAUGAGGUUGGCUAUAGGCCGGAUUUCUGAUGGAGAGCUUGAAUACGCUCGGCAGAUCUGUGGAUUUGUGCGAGAAAUCUACCGAGAGCUGACUCUGAUUGCUCCGAAAAUGGAUGACUCUUUGGACAUGAAGACGAAGAUGGAUGUAAUGCUCCAAAGCGUAAUCAAAAUUGAAAACGCUUGCUGUAGUGUUCAUGUAAGAGGUUCAGAGUACACUCCUCUCCUCGGUCCCGGCGACGACAACUUGUUGUUGCUAGGUUUGUCGGAGAUGGAAUGAUUUCGUUUCAUGAGCCAAAUCCAUCGAUUUUUCCGGCCGCAGUUUUUAUCAGUAGAACGCAUUGAAAAGAAGGUAAUUUGCUCACACCCGAAUGUAGAAAAGCUAUUAGUGAAGAAAUCGAGUUUCUAAAACUGAGAUCGCAUUUUGUUUUGGUAUAAUCUAAAUGCUUCUUGUUGUCGUCGCGA